UGCUCUGUUAGGAUGGAGAGAGCCCGGCUCACUGCCCUUGCUGUUUGGUCACUUCUAUUUGUCGUUGACUCUGAGGCUUUGACCAUCUCAGUGAGUGAGAGGCUGAUUAAUGCAGCAAUCGGAAACCCUGUGAUCCUGUCAGUCAGACCGUCGGAGAGGGUGAGGAGUGGGGUUUGGAGACACAACGGUUCAGAUGUCCUUGCGUGGAUUGGAGAAACAUCAGAUAUUAAUAAUCUUUACACAGGACGGGUGGAGUUCUUACACAGUAACGGCUCUCUCUUGCUCAAAUCAGUGAAUGUUUCAGACAGCGGAGAGUACAGUGUUACAGUGAACUCAUUCACUGGUGAUACAACGGAUGCAGCAAUGAACCUUUUUGUAUUUGAGCCAAUCUCCUCUGUGUCUAUUACAUCCAAUGUUUCAGAAGCAGUGAACGAGAAUGACACAGUUAUCCUGAGGUGCCAUGUACUUGGAAAUUGGACUGACAUAAUUUGGAUCUUCAAUGGGAGUCUUGUCAACAGCAAUGGGGAGAUAAAGCUUUCCUCAGAAAAGGCCACAUUGAUGAUAAUUAAUGUUGGCACAAGCCAUAUCGGCAGCUAUCAAUGUAUUGCACAGAGCCCUGUGAGUGAAAAAGCAAGCGAGGCUUACUUCUUGAAAUUGGACACUUUCACCCAGUCAGAUAACUGCAGCAGUAACGAAUGGAAAGCUGCUAUUGUGGUUUUGGCUGUCACCUCCAUCACAGAGCUCAUGGCUAUCGCUGUCUUACUCUUCAAAAUCCAGAAAAUGUCUCGGACACAAACAGGAAGAUACAUUCUACCUACAGUGAGUGGUACCAUCAGCAUGCCAACCUAUGAAAACCUCAUGCCAUCAGAAAAUGAUGAGAAGGAACAUGGAGAUCAGGAUCAGACCGAUUCGACCUACACAGAUCUACAGCUCAGUGACACAUCAGUCUAUGAACAGUUGGAAAGCUGCAGCUUAGGACAGACCCCGUGAGUGAAAUACAAAUGGAAACCUCUGAGAGCUGAGUCUGUACCAGUCUUUUCUGCGUGAUCCCUCCUACUCGCUGUUGGUAAAAGAAAAACUACAUUCAGAGACACUGAAAGAAAGAAUUCUGAAAUAUAAAGGGGAAAGGAAAGAUGUCGGGUCCAACCAAUCAACCAGUGAAGUGAGGACUGUCCAUCACUUUGCAGACAACGUCGAUAAGAAUCAAGAGGAUUGUGAGAAUGGCUUAUUCUACUUUAGCAGUUUGUACUAGUGAUACAGAACCACUUUUUUCCACUGCCUAUGAACUCCUUAUCCCCGCCAUCCUCAGUAUUUGUGACAAACUCUUUGUCUCCUGUGUUUUUUUUUGUGAAUGAGGGAUAAAAGGUGUAUAGCUAAUGUUUAAUACUAGUUUAGUAAUUAAUACAUAAUUGUUAUUUUAUUAAAGUGUAUAUAUUUAUUAUAAAUAGAAUUACUUAUUCCA